AUGUCGACGGGUCUAAUAACACAGGAAACCUGUCCCUCGACAGUCGACACUGUUACGUUGGGUUCCACAUCCAUUCCCAAAACUAUAUUUGGUUGUGGACACCAAAAUGGAGGAGAUUUCAGUGGGAUUGAGUCGGGAAUUGUCGGACUAGGACGUGGAGCUGUGUCGUUUAUCUCCCAAAUAGGGGGGUAUUUGGUUGGCGGGAAAUAUUUCUCUUAUUGUUUGGUUCCUAAUCCUGCAAUGUCUUUCCUGUCUAAUAACUCUAAUGCAACCUCAUCAAGCAUGAUGUAUUUUGGUCGACCGAAUACUUCAUCAGGUCCUGAAGUGGUCACCACCCCUUUGCUUUCGAACGGUGUUAGCGCCACUCAAACCUUUUAUAUCGUUGAGCUUCAAGGCAUUAGUGUUGGAGCCAACAAUAUCACACUUAAUGCAGAUGCCAAGGCCUUUAAGGGUAACAUGAUCAUAGACUCGGGGACUACCUUAACGUACUUGCCGGAGUUGCUUUACGACAGUUUCAAAUCAGCAAUUGAAGAAGAACUUAAAGAUCGAGAUCUGGAGGUGAAGCAAGAUCCGACUGGUUCUGGGCUGUCUUGUUUCUUGAUUAAGUAUGAUAUUCUUCCUGGCCCCAAUGUCACUUUCCAUUUUAAAGGAGCAGAUGUGAAGCUAAAAUCUUCCAACACUUUUGUUAGGGUGGAUGAUGAGACUGUUUGCUUAGCAUUCUCCCGAGGCAGCGGUGUCGGAACCUAUGGGAAUUGGGCACAGAUAAACUACUUGGUAGGAUAUGACCUUGAGAACAAGACUGUCUCCUUCCAGCCAACUGAUUGUACAACUAGCUAG